ACACCACUCAUUUUAGCCCCAUGUGCCCAGAGAUUGGAACAAAUCAGACAUUAGACAUUUCACCCCAGAAAGCUACUGAGAAAACAUUUCAGGCAAGUGGACAGAGAUAACAACCAGGGAUUCAGAUAUUAAUUAUUGUAAGUCAUAGUACCUAUCCCGAACACAAAACUGGAAAUGGACAUUCCCUCCCCUCUUCGCUCCCCUUUGAGCAUGCCUGAUAUUAAGAAAGUGAAGAUAAGUUCUCCCAAACACACUCCUGAUGCUGAAUACCUCUUAAGGAGAAGGGGUGGGAUGGCAGAAAGUCUUGAGGAGACUGCAAAGCCAACAUUGGAUACAGUCUGGCUGAAAUCAAGGAAUAGUACAGACGACGACAGAAAAUCUAACAACCCAUUUGUGCUUCCAAUGGAUCGUAACAUCUUCAAAAAGAGAGAGAUUGAAUCUGUAAUCAAACAACAAGAGAAGAAGUUCUUCAGCAGCCUGCCGACCCAGAUGAAGAGUACCUACCUGUCCCGACUCAGGUGCCGCUCUGCCCCCAUGAGGAGUGCUGUGCAGGACACAAUCGCAGAACCAGAGAAAUGCAGACGGGAAAAAACAACAUGGGCCACCGUGGUCACUAAAAGUUGCAGUCAAGAGAGGGAGAAUAUUAGGGACUACUUGUCUAAACAGCGAGAAAAGUUUAUGCAGCAGUACUCUCUGUCAGUGAAGCAAGACACCAUCAAGAAGCUGGAGAAGGACACGGUGAUAGAGCUUCAGUUGAUCAGACACGCUGAGAAACAUCUGCAACAGGACUCGGUCGCCUUUGAAAAGUUCAUCAAGGAAAACGACCAGAGCUCAGUGGAAGCUGUCAAGUUGUUAGUAGAGCCUAUCAUUAUUGUUACCAAUAAAUAGUAGCCUACACGUGAUUUUGUAUUAGCUUUUCAAAUAUCUCUAGCUACCUGAUUGACAAAAUAACCAGUAGGUUACAGUAAUAGUUAAUUUAUUCACGAUAGGUCCACCACAGGUAGAUCAUGGUAAAUGCACAAUGUUACAAUAAGUUAAUCAUUACCCAUCUCAUAUGAAUAUACUGUAUUAUAUACUAUUCUACUGUAUCUUAGUCUAUGCCGCUCUGACAUUACUUGUCCAUAUAUUUAUAUAUUCUUAAUUCCAUUCCUUUACUUAGAUUUGUGUGUAUUGGGUGUAUGGUGUGAAAUUGUUAGAUAUUACUGCACUGUCAAGGGCUAGAAACACAAGCAUUACGCUACAUCAGGAAUAACGUCUGCUAAACACGUGUAUGUGAACAAUACGUUAUUUAUAUUUACAUUUAAAUAAAAACAUCACAUGUAUA